CAUCAGGCUGUGAGUCAGAGAAGAAGAGAAGCUCCAUCAUGUCAGGUUCAACACCAACCAUGUUGCCUGUAGCUCUGCUGCUGCUGCUGGCUGCUGGAUCCUGUGUGAAGUGUGAACAGUUGACACAGCCAGCCUCUGUGACUGUGCAGCCAGGUCAGCGUCUGACCAUCACCUGUCAGGUCUCUUAUUCUGUUAGCAGCUACUGGACAGCCUGGAUCAGACAGCCUGCAGGGAAAGGACUGGAGUGGAUUAUAGUAGGUGCUGUGGGAUAUAGCACACAUACCAAAGAUUCACUGAAGAACCAGUUCAGUAUCGACUUAGACUCUUCCAGAAACACAGCGACUCUAAACGGACUGAAUAUGCAGCCUGCAGACUCUGCAGUGUAUUACUGUGCCAGAGGGAGUGGGAACUACGCUUUUGACUACUGGGGUAAAGGCACAAUGGUGACUGUAACUUCAGCCACUUCAUCCAAACCAACCGUGUUUCCUCUGAUGCAAUGCGGGUCUGAGACUGCAAACACCGUCACUCUUGGCUGCCUUGCCACUGGCUUCUCGCCCUCCUCGGUGACCUACGCGUGGAGCAAAGCUGGAACUGCCUUGACGGACUUCAUCCAGUAUCCUCCAGUAGAGAAGAGUGGUGUUUAUACAGGAAUCAGUCAAAUCAAAGUGAACAAAGAGGACUUGGAUGCAAAGCAGACCUUUAAAUGCAUCGCAUCAAACACAGCAGGAGACGGAGAGGGGAUUUUCAUCGUGACACUGCCGAUUUAUAAGGAGCCAACUCUUAAAGUGUUUUCCUCAUGUGAUGGGGAGAGGAGGUUUCCUUCUCAUGCUUUGCCAAAGAUUUUGCACCAAAGCAGUACGAGUUCAUGGGUUAUGGACCUUGCAUUCCUAGUGGACAUAACACAGCAGCUGAACAUCCUCAACCUGAAGCUCCAGGGUCCUGAUCAGCUCAUAACAGCAGCAUAUGAAAGUGUGAAAGCCUUCUGCACAAAACUGAGAUUGUGGAAAACUCAGCUCUCUGCCAAAAACCUCAGUCAUUUCCCAGCAUUCAGAUCUCUUGUGGAACAGGGCACAGCAUUCAGUGGUGAUGAAUAUACCUCUGCUAUUGACAAUCUUCUGCAGGAGUUUGAUCAGCGUUUUGCUGACUUCAAGGAACACCGGGUCACUUUCCAGGUAUUUGCAGACCCUUUUUCAGCUGAUGUUGAGAGUGUCCCAAGUGUGUUGCAAAUGGAACUUGUUGACCUGCAGUGUAACAGUGAACUGAAAAAUAAAUUCAGAGAGGUACAGGGAAGGCAGACCUGA